GCAAGUGUCCAUCUAGAAUGUCCAGACGUCCACAACAGCUUAGAGACCAUGAUAUAAACCCAUGUGUAGCGGAAACAGAUGCCUCUAGAAAAUGUAUGGAUGAAAACAACUAUGACAAGAGUAUGUGUACUGAUUAUUUUUUGAAGUACAAAAACUGCAGAAAAUUCUGGCAUGAUAUUAAGAUGGAAAGGAGAAGAAAUGGUGUGAAGCCAGACAUGCCCUCAGCAGAAGAGAGAAAGAAAAUACUGGAUUCAAUAGAGAAGCCCUACUGA